AUGGAGUUCUAUAGCACCUUCAUGUUCAAUUCAAGGUGCGACCCUUUCGACAAUGAUGGGGUGGCAUUCCGAUGUGGUGGAACGAGGUACUCGAUCUCAAUGACACAAUUUGGGUCAAUAGUUGGGCUGUAUAUAGAGGAAGAUUCAGGUAAUGAAGAGAACACCGGAGGGGUGCGAGAUUUGGAUGAGAACGAACGCCAAGCCGCGUGGGCUCAGAUUAGUGAAGGGCACUACAACCCAAGCAGCACAAAGAAUCUGAAAAUAGCUUCUUUUAUCUUAAAAAAAAAGCUAAAAAUCCUUUCUUCAAACAUCUUCAAACAUCAGAACUCAACAACUCUCCCAUCCUCCCCAAAUCUUCAAACAUCUCCUCCACCCUUUUUCUCUUCUUCCCUGCCACCGCCACCACCACCUCUCCUCCCCAAGCCCCCGCCGCCACCGCCUCUCCUCCCACACCCGCCACCACCUCUCCUGCCACCGCGGCACAGCCCCACCGCCGUUUGUCUCUCUCCGUUCUCUCUCUCUCUCUUCUGUGCCUGCCGCUGUGUGCCACCAUCGAGAGGUGUGGGCCGGCCGUUUGAUCGACAAAGAGGGGGGUGUGAAUGUUGCAGGGCAUCUGAGAGAGAAGGGUGUUUAUCGAGAACUGAACCGUCGGGCGGUUCGUACUCCGGUCACCGGAGUUCAGUCGGAGAGGGAACCAGAAUACUUCAAUCGGUUUGUACUCCGACAAAGCUUACAGACAUUCAGACUACAUCUUCAGUUGCAGACAUGAAAACAGAUGAAAUCAGGUUGCAGACAGUUUAUGUCUGCAAAAACAAACAGCACCUAAAACUGCUUGUCUUCUCGCGAGUGCACCACCACCACCACUGUCUCCGACGAUUCCGGUGGCUAAUACCCUAAUCAAAACGCCGGCGACCCUCCUCCCAUUUGGUCCCUCUCCAUUUUCCCCUCACAUCUACCACUUAUAUACUCGAGGUUGUUUUUCUCCUGUGUUAAUAUGUCUUGCUCUGAUCUUUAAGGGAUUUCUUCCAGCUUUUUGUAAAAUUACAACAACCAGAAUCCAAAAACGCAAGAUUUACAAAAUCAAACUGCACAAGAAAUCAUCAAAUUUCACUAAACCUAGAAAGCAUUCGAUUAAUGGGUUUCGCCGUUUUACCUCAAGAAUUCCAAAUCGUGUAGAAGGAUUUAAAGUUGGAGCGAUUUUGAGAGCCAUGAGCCUUAAAUGGUGUAUCAAAUUUGUCGUUAAGGUCAGUCUUGUUGUGCGCCUUCCUUUUAAUUCAUAACCUAGGGUUUCUUUUUUGUUUAUUGGUCUUUGGGUUUCUUUUAUGAAUGUUUGCUCUUUUUAUUUGAAUGCAUGAUGAGAUUAUAUGAAGGCAUCAGUUGUGUGUUU